AUGUGGCUCACAGAUCAGCAAAAAAUCGGCGCGGGGCUGGUGUCCUUUGGCACGUUUUUCAUCUUUGUGGGCAUCAUCCUCUUCUUUGACGCUGCACUGCUAGCACUCGGCAACGUGCUUUUCACCGCGGGCAUUGCGCUCCUCAUCGGACCUCAAAAGACAUUCUACUUUUUCGCACGGAAGCAGAAGAUUCGCGGGACCGUCUGCUUCUUCCUCGGCAUGUUCCUCGUGUUUUGCAAAUGGGCCGUCAUCGGAAUGCUGGUCGAAGCGUUCGGAUUCUUGAACCUCUUUGGAGACUUCUUCCCGGUUAUCCUCAGCUUCCUGCGGCAGCUUCCGAUCAUUGGCAACGUGCUAUCGAUGCCAGGUGUAGCCAACGUGCUCGACAGAUUGGCAGGAUCCCGUCAAUCGGCGGUAUGA